UACUAGUGUGCUGUCGGCAAUGGUGGAGCUGUUCUUACGACUAUAAAGUUACAAGCGACCAACGGAACUUCGACAGUGUGCCGAAGUUCAUUUUGUGAUUAGAAAUCAACAUUCAUCAUCUGCUUUAGUUCAUUUGUAAUAAUUUUAUUAAUUUUAUUUCUCUUUUUAGAUUUACGGCAAAAUAAUAAUAGUGCAUAGUUGUUAUAGAUAAAAGAAAAAGAUGCUACGAAAUAAUGCGCAUCAAGUUGUCCUGGCAAGUAUUUUUCUCCUGGUGGCUCAUUGCUCCGGUCGACCGAGCACAUCGUACCACCAUCAAUUGGACAAUCCAUCGGACACUGCAAAUCUAAUUGAAAAUGUUGAGGACCGAAUGUUUGUGGCUCCGAGCAACGCGACGGGUGUCAAAGUUUCGCAAUGGCAUGCAAAUAUGUCGGUUAAUCCGGAAGAACUGGGAGAGUAUCUCGAGGGAGAUAUUAUGCUUCCCAAUACCUUUAAACGCAAUGGCAUGAGGUUGGAAAGUUUCAGAUGGCCGGGUGGUGUUGUUCCCUACAUGAUCAGUCCAUUCUUUAAUGAGGAUCAGCAAAAGGUAAUUCGUGACGCAAUGACGGAUUAUCAUCUCCACACGUGUAUCAAGUUCAAGCCGUAUAUGGGCGAAGAAACUGACUACAUUCGCAUCACAGCUGGUAAUACCGGAUGCUGGAGUACCAUUGGUCGUAUUGGUGGUCCUCAAAACUUAAACUUACAAGUUCCUGAAUGUUUAACAAGGAAGGGCACUGUUAUACACGAACUAAUGCAUACAAUCGGUUUCCUACACGAGCAAAGUCGUUUCGAGCGCGAUGACUUUGUCGACAUUCAGUGGCACAAUAUCCAACCAGGUCGCGAGGUCAAUUUCGCCAAGUCGGAGAGAGACACGACCGAAGCCUUUGGUGUCAUCUACGACUACGGCAGCGUCAUGCACUACUCGGUCGGCGCCUUCUCCCGCAACGGACAGCCCACGAUUAUCCCCAGGGAUAAGAGAGCUGGACAAAUUGGUCAAAGAGAAGGCUUUAGUGCCAGAGACAUUCAAAAAAUUCAAAGGAUGUACAAAUGCGCUUAAUA